AAAUCAAGUGGAAAAGACACGAGAAAAGUGAAACAAGAAAACAAAAGUGCAGCAAUUGAUGACGCUCUCUGGCCUGCACUCGCCUUAAUUUUGUGCUUCCUGUGGAAUUAACGGAGAGCAAACGCAAAGCGUAAAACAGAAAUGAGAGCGUGAGCAACAAGUGGAGGCAGACCAGACAGACGCAACUUUCUUCUGGCAAAAGCCGGCUGAGCGGGAGGGAGCCAACCGCCGCCCCAAUCAUCCAUCAAAAGCAGGCGUAGAAGCAGAAAAAACGUGCAAAGAGGAACCCGAUCAGGAGCGACCGGGAAAAAGAAGUGUAAGAGGAAUCAUAUUGCGCGCUCUUCUUGUUUUGGCUCUGGAAUUUCUUCAACAUGGCUUCAUUUGCUACAUUGAGCAUCAUUUCCGUGGCGGCUGUUGUGUCUGCAGGCCGCCUGGAGGAUGCGUUUCUGCUUUGAUAGGCUGUGCUUCGCAACCAAGCGGCCAGCCACAAAUAACAAUCGCAGCCAAAGCAGCAGCCCCAGCACAAAUGAACCACAGUGCACCAGCAACAGCACCGCCGAGAGCCAUAGCCAUAGCCCACACAGCACCACAGAUGCAGCAGCAGCAGCACCACCCCAGAAACAGCUACCACAGCCCAUUGGUGGCGGAGGAGAUCUAUUCUAUGCGGAAUAUCAGAAAUUGAAGCCAGCGAUAAUCCAUAGGGACUACAGGGAUAAGCCACCGGACAUCGGAGCGCCACAAAAAGAGGAGGAAGGAAAUACCCAAAAGGAGACCCCACAAUCUGGCAUGCAAUCCCAGACACCUACCAUACAGACAGAGAUACAGCAGACAGAGCUGCAGAUACAACAGCUACACUCAGAAAUACAGGCACAUCUACAGCAGCAACAGCAACAAGAGCAGCGUCGCUAUCGCCGUCAUAGCAGUGCCGAAGAUCGUAGGAAACCGAAGCACCACUCGAACCCGAAGAUACUAUCACCAGAUUCCGAUUCCGUCGACGAUCCGAAGAUCCGUAAAGCAGCCAGCAUGCAGCAGGAGCCGAACGCCAACUAUCAGUUCCAAACCGACUUGGGUCUGGUGAGCAUCGUCCAGAACGCGGCCAAUAACGCGAACAGCAACACUUACGGCGCGACAAGCAACAAUAACAAUAAUAAUAAUAAUCUGCUGGGCGGCGGCGGCGGCAUCGUGACAUUGCCCUCCGCUGGUAAUAACCUUGGACUUUUGGGUCUCGAGCAGACGGCAUCGGGUCUACGGCUGAUACAAGCCCCACCGCCGCACUCCGAUGUCCUCACCCACACGCUGAUCUACGGCACACCGCCAUCGGGGGCACAGCAGCUGCACACGGAUCCCAGGAGUCUGUUGCAUCAACAGGAGCUGCAGCUGCAGCAGCGCUACCAGCAGUUGCAACAGCUCCAGGCCCAAACGCAGGGACUCUACGCGAACACGGGCAGUCCCGUGCUCUACCACCAGCCGAGUCCGAGUGGGAAUCCGGGAACGAGUCAACCGGUGGCCAUACCCGGAGCCGCCAACUUUGCCGCCUGCAACUCGCCCACACAGCCACUGCCGCUGCCGCUGCCACUGCCUCAUCCCUCAUCGCUGGCCUUGGCGCAGGUGCAACAACAGAUGCAGGGACUGCGGAUAUCCGGAGGCUGUGGCGCCCCCAGUCCCGGCUCGGCCACACCCUCGCCGGUGGGCAUGGGCGAGCCGACGCUGAUGAUGAGCAACACGGCCGCUUAUGUGGCUGCCACGCCACAGGAGGAGCGCUUCAUACAGAUCAUCCAGGCCAAGGAUCUCAAGAUCCAGGAAAUGCAGCGUGCUCUCCAGUUCAAGGACAACGAAAUAGCGGAACUCAAAUCCCAUCUGGAUAAAUUCCAGAGCGUCUUCCCCUUCAGUCGCAGCAGUGCCGCCGGCGCGGGCGGAUCCUCGGGCGGUGGCAGUGGCCCCAGCACGGCCACAGGUGCCACCCGCAAAUCUGGACAGACCUUCCAGCGACAGCGUGCCCAAGGCAUAUCCGCAGAGCCACAGAGUGAAUCUUCAGUGCUGCUGGAGCAUGUCACAUUUCGCAAAUACGACAAAAAUGAGCGCUCCCGUGAUCUCAUCAAGUCUGCCAUUUUGGAUAAUGAUUUCAUGAAAAAUCUGGAUCUGUCGCAGAUACGUGAAAUUGUCGACUGCAUGUAUCCCGUUAAGUAUCCAGCCAAGAAUCUGAUCAUCAAGGAGGGAGAUGUCGGCAGCAUUGUGUAUGUUAUGGAAGAUGGACGCGUGGAGGUCUCACGCGAGGGCAAAUACCUCUCGACCCUCUCUGGAGCCAAGGUCCUUGGGGAGCUGGCGAUUCUCUAUAAUUGCCAGAGAACUGCCACGAUUACGGCCAUCAGCGAAUGCAAUCUGUGGGCCAUUGAGCGGCAGUGCUUCCAGACCAUCAUGAUGCGCACGGGUCUCAUACGUCAGGCGGAAUACACGGAUUUCCUCAGAAGUGUUCCAAUUUUCAAAGAUCUAGCGGAUGAUACGCUCAUCAAAAUCUCCGAUGUCCUGGAGGAGACGCACUAUCAGCGUGGCGACUAUAUUGUGCGCCAGGGGGCACGUGGCGACACCUUCUUCAUCAUCUCCAAGGGCAAAGUGCAAGUGACGAUCAAGCAACAGGACACGCAGGAGGAGAAAUUCAUACGAAUGUUGGGCAAGGGCGACUUCUUUGGCGAAAAGGCGCUUCAGGGCGAUGAUCUACGCACAGCCAACAUUAUAUGUGAUUCGCCCGAGGGCGUUAGUUGUCUGGUGAUUGAUCGCGAGACCUUCAAUCAGUUGAUCUCCAAUUUGGAUGAAAUCAAGCAUCGCUACGACGAUGAAGGAGCCAUGGAACGCAUCAAAAUCAAUGAGGAAUUCCGUGACAUAAAUCUCACAGACUUGCGUGUGAUUGCCACCCUAGGAGUGGGUGGGUUUGGACGCGUGGAACUCGUGCAGACCAACAGCGAUGCCUCUCGUUCGUUUGCCCUCAAACAGAUGAAGAAAUCACAGAUUGUGGAGACACGCCAGCAGCAGCACAUCAUGUCCGAGAAGGAGAUCAUGGGCGAGGCCAAUUGCCAGUUUAUUGUGAAGCUCUUCAAGACCUUCAAGGACAAGAAGUAUCUCUACAUGCUGAUGGAGAGCUGUCUCGGAGGAGAGCUCUGGACCAUACUGCGCGAUAAGGGCAACUUUGAUGACAGCACCACGCGCUUCUAUACCGCCUGCGUGGUGGAGGCCUUCGACUAUCUGCACUCGCGCAAUAUUAUAUACAGGGACCUAAAGCCGGAGAAUCUGCUGCUAAAUGAUCGCGGCUAUGUGAAGCUGGUGGACUUUGGUUUUGCCAAGAAGCUGCAGACGGGCCGCAAGACCUGGACAUUCUGUGGAACUCCAGAAUAUGUGGCCCCAGAGGUGAUACUGAAUCGUGGCCAUGACAUAAGUGCGGACUACUGGUCGUUGGGUGUUCUAAUGUUUGAGCUAUUGACGGGCACCCCUCCGUUUACGGGCUCCGAUCCCAUGCGCACCUACAACAUCAUACUUAAGGGCAUCGAUGCCAUCGAAUUCCCCAGAAAUAUCACACGAAAUGCCAGCAACCUCAUCAAGAAGCUCUGCCGUGAUAAUCCAGCCGAACGUUUGGGCUAUCAGCGUGGCGGCAUUAGCGAGAUACAGAAGCACAAAUGGUUCGAUGGCUUCUACUGGUGGGGCCUUCAAAAUUGCACACUGGAACCACCAAUCAUGCCCGCAGUCAAGAGUGUGGUGGACACUACUAACUUUGAUGACUAUCCACCCGAUCCAGAGGGUCCGCCCGCAGAUGAUGUCAGUGGAUGGGAUAAGGAUUUCUAGAUUUUGGAAUGGGUCUCGUGUCUCCUAGACGAUGCUCUCUCUCUAAGCGUCUGCUACAAUCAUAAUUAAAUAAAAAGGAGAACAAACAGGAAUAUGAGGAGUAGGAGAAUACAGAGGAAUUGAUCUUAAGUGCGCCAUAUGUACGCCAAAGCCAACAGUCAGCAGCUUGAAUCCCAAAAGCUGCCACCCACAGCAGUCCCCAAGAGUAGCAGUCGCACAAAACACACACACAAACACAAACACACAUCGGCUCAUCGUCUUAGCAUAUACGAGUAUGUAUGUAUGUAUCCUUAUGAUGUGCAACAGAAAGAAUUUAUUAACGAGUUUAUAACUAUUAAUAUGUAAUGAUAAUGAGAGAAAUGUGUCUAGUUUUCGUUUUUGGAAUCGAUGUAAAUUGUAAGUAGGUGGGGAGCUCUGCUCUGUCAUUGUAUAAAUUCUUUUUUCUAUCUGUAUAUCUACAAGUAUAUAUUAUUAACAUAACGACAUAUUAUUAUUAUUAUUCAUUGUUAAUGUAUCACAAACACACAAAAACACAUACAAAUCGGGUUGCCUUAUAGUCUUUAAGAGUAUAUUUUAAUGCAACAUAUGACCAAGAACCACUUUCUACUUUCAUGUCUCUACCCCCCACACCCACCCAUCAUAAUAUUUGUUAAUUUUCUCCACGUAAUAUUUCUUCUAUCUUUCAUUUAGUUCUAGCAAUCAUUUCUGUUAUUUGUACGAAUAAUAAUGCCUUUUAAAUUGUCUUUUAUAAGUAAAUCAGUUAGAAAUUGAAUAAACAAAUUGAUGCGACAAAUAAUUUUGUUUGGAAAUAAA